AUGGCCGUGCAGUUCGCCCCCAUUACCCCCAGCAAGCUCAGGGAUGAGCUCCUCACUCACCCUCUCAUGCUCUCCGUCGGCAGUCUUAGUCUGUCGACCUUCAUGUCACGCUCGAUAUACGGCAUGAUCGACUGGAGACCUGUACUCAUCUGUGUCGCCUCAGACAUCCUCGCCAUCGGGAUGGACCAUUAUUUCGACCAAGCACCGAUGCUCUCCUACGCACUCAAGACAGGCAACAGCGAGAUGACCUCCAUCUUCCGCCAGGCGAAGAUGCUCCUGUACUCCAACGCACUCCUCCUUCUCCUCGCUCUUGCGGUCUCCCCGCCCUGGACAUGGGCGAUGGUUGCCAUCUUUUUCGGCCCUGCCUUCGUCUGGGAUUUCAAGCUCUUCGUUUUCGGCGGCCAAAAGAAGCCCAAGAAGAGCGUCAGCGAGGAGGCACAGAAGCCGAAGCCGAAGUCCAGCGACAAGCCAGCGUUUACGAUCAAGAGAAUCCCCGGCAUGAAAGCGGUCCUCAUCGGUAUUAUCAGAGGGCGCGCAGGUCCUAACAUCUGGAACCCCACACAGAUUAUCGUGUGGUCUACCAUCAACCGUGCGGCACAUGCUCCUCCCGCGCGCGCAGGUCAUGGCAGACGUGCGGACUUCCACGAGGACUGGGAGAAGCAAGUGCCGACGAUCCCCGUCCUCCUCAAGUCCGUCUUCCGCACCAAGCUCCUCCUCACCGCCGUGCACCUCUUCACCACCUUCCUGUACUCAUACAACCCGUACAUCGUCUUCGCCUCCCUCUACGCGACCGUCCUCGUCUGGUUCCUCGACGAGAACUCGCCCCGCGGGUUCUACCGGCUCAGCUUCCACUCACAGACGCUGACCGCCGUGCUCUACGGCGCCGUCGAGGCCACGAAGUGGUACACGUCGUAUCAGUCGAUGUGA